ACCGUGCCCCUUGACGAGACGUUUACCGAGACCAUUGAGCACUAUGGCCGCAGUUAUCAACAUUACGCCCUGACAAAUGGAGUCUAUUUUGCACCGAUCGACGAGGACGAAAUUUCACGCCUCGAGCUGAUGCACGGCGUGCUCAACAGACUCUUCGACAGCCGUCUAAUAUUCCCGCCCAUCAGAUCUCCGAGAAGGAUUCUUGACUGCGGUUGUGGCCCUGGGGACUGGGCUAUGGAGGUUGCUUCGCAGUAUCCUGAUGCUGAGGUCCUCGGAAUCGACAUAAGCCCGCAUGUGAUCCCUGAGAAUCCACCCGACAACAUGGAGCUCCAGGUUGAUGACCUCAACGGAAGGUUCACAUUCCAAUCCAACCACUUUGAUGUUGUCCAUAGUCAGAUGGUGGCAGGUGGGAUACACGCGAAUCGAUGGCGAAGCUAUAUUCGAGACAUAUUUCGGGUACUGAGGCCGGGCGGCUGGUGUCAGAUGGUCGAGAUAUACUUCAACGCGCAGUCGGACAACGGGACAUUAACUCGAGGCAAGCCUUCCAAUCUUCAACCAAGGGACCACGCUCUAUCACGGUGGUCGAGGCGGUAUCUGCAGAGCCAACAGCCGUACAAAGACCCUCGGGCACCAUUGCAGAUGGCAACCUGGAUGAGGAGUGCGGGGUUUACCGAAGUCGAAUCAAGGUUGUUGACCUUGCCGAUGUGUGCUUGGUCGAAUGAUGCUCGAGAGUAUGAGAUCGGGUGGUCGAACAACGAAAACGUCAAUCAGCUCCUAUACUCGCUGGCACUUUACCCCUUCACACAGUUCCUAGGGAUGUCGUUUAACGAUUUUCAGCUCCUUGUUGCCCAAGCAAGGAGCGAGGCCGGCAACCCGGCAUUCAAGGUGAACAACCCCUGA